AUGGGGCACGACAACGGCGCGAAGCUGCUCAACAUGUACCGCACGGACUUCCCCUGCUACAACGACGACCUGCAGGGCCUGGGGACCGCGGUGCUGGCAGCGAUUCUCGGGUCGCUGCCCAAGACGGGCGGCAGCCUGGCAGACCAGACGGUGGUGAUCUCGGGCGACGGGGCCACCCCCAGCUGCAUUGCCGAGCUCCUGGCCGGCGCGGUGGCGCACCAAACGGGGGUCACUGUGCUGGAGGCGCGCCAAAACAUUUGGCUUGUCGAUUCCGCCGGCCUCGUCACGCGCAGCAGGCAAGGACGCGCCCGCGCGAGCGCGGGUGACAGCAGUACGCUGGAUGACUACAAGCUGCCGUACUGCCACUCGGGCCCUGAGGCGCGCUGCCCAGACCUGCUGAGCGCGGUGCAGCAGCUUAAGCCGACGGUGCUCAUCGGCUGCACGCAGACGGGCGCGCCGCCGUUCAAGUUUGAUCAGGCUGUGGUGGGUGCUGUUGCCGCCAACACGAAGCACCCGCUCAUCUUCCCGCUGUCGCCGGCGGACGCGGAGUGCAGCGCGUCGGAGGCUUACCUCUGGAGCCAGGUGGCGCGCUGCACCCGGCUGCGGGACGAGCAGUUCAUCGCGGCGGCGGAGGCGGUGGCGCGGCUGGUGACGGACACAGAGCGCGCGCAGGGGCUGUCGCUGCCGCCGCUGCACCAGAUACGUGAGGUGUCUGCCCAUGUGGCGCGGGCGGUGGCUCAGAAGGCUUAUGAGGGGGGCUUUGCGACAGAUAUGCCCAAGCCCCACAGCUUGCUAGAGAAGGCCCGGGUGCUCAUGUACAAUCCAGUCUACAGGACGCUGCGGUGA